GCCCAGACUCCGUUUCCCGGUGUGCUCCACGGUGGCGCGGUGUAGAACGGGUGUUGUAGUCCGGCCGCUCCUCUGACUGGUCCAGCUACAUCGACCGGCAGGAUGUCGGAGGUGCGGCUGCCACCGUUACGCACCCUGGACGACUUCGUUCUGGGGUCGGCGCGUCUGGCGGCCCCGGAUCCACGCGACCCGCAGCGAUGGUGCCACCGCGUCAUCAACAACCUUCUCUACUAUCAAACCAACUACCUUAUCUGCUUCGGCCUCGGUCUCGCUCUGGCCGGGUACGUGCGCCCGCUGCACACCCUCCUAAGCGCGCUGGUAGUGGCGGUGGCCCUUGGCAUGUUGGUGUGGGCGGCUGAGACUCGAGCAGUCGUGCGCCGCUGCCGUCGCAGCCACCCAGCCGCCUGCCUGGCUGCAGUGCUUGCCGUCGGCCUCCUCGUUCUCUGGGCCACGGGCGGCGCUUGCACCUUCCUGCUCAGCAUCGCCGGGCCCAUGCUUCUGAUCCUGGUGCACGCGUCACUGCGCCUGCGCAACCUCAAGAACAAGAUUGAGAACCAGAUUGAGAGCAUUGGUCUCAAGCGGACGCCAAUGGGGUUGCUGCUGGAGGCGCUGGGACAAGAACAGGAGGCUGGAUCCUAGGGCCCUGGGAUCUGUACCCAAGACAUGGAGAAUGCCAUCCCCACCCUGGCCCAGACCCAGAGCCCUUUCCUAGUCCUUAAAAUAGGAGCACCUGCCCAGUUCAAAAAAAGGACAACUGCAACCCUUCCCCCAGGUCCCAAACGGAUAUUCCCUCAUACCCAGCCCCCCAAUUUAGGAAACCAGAGUCUCCCAGCCCUGAACUUGAGAACCAGAGACACCCACAUCCAGCCCAAAACUGGGGCUUGGAGACCAGAGCAUCCAUGGCCAACCUCAAACUCUGGGCCCAGAGACACUACCCCCAAGCCUCAAUCUGGGACCCACCUAUCUCCCACGCUCAGCCCCAAAACUGGGGACUGGGACCAAGGCAUUCUCAGAUCUUGAACCCUGGACCAAGGCUUUUCCAGACCCCACCCCAGCUUUGAACCCAGGAUCCAAGUGUUCUCAGCCCCCAUCUGGGUGGAGGAUUCAGGUAUCCUGACCCAGUUGAACCCUUGGUCCCAGGUGACCCCAACACUCACCAGUCCCACUUGCCUCCCUCCAGCUCUGCUUAGGGAUUCUGCCACUCCCCAGCCCACCCCCACAAAGUUCCACAGUGACAAGGACCAAGGGGUGGGAUGGAGUGGGGUGGGGGUAGCCCUGACCAGGAAUGGGGCAUAUAUAUCAGUGUUGCUACAACAAUAAAGGCUGUUGCAUUGCU